CACACCACUUUCUAUGGGUCAUCAAUGGUCCUCACUUAGUAGUAUAAAACAUUCUGAUACAUGGUGUCCAUACUAUGCAGGUAUGGCCGAACAUACUCUUGAUGAUGCUAAACAAAUUGCUCUCCCUCGGGGUGGUAAGUAUCUUUCAAUAGAAUAUAAAAAUAAUAAAUCUCCUUUAUUAUGGAUCUGUAAAAAUCAAUAUAAAUGGAAUACAGUUAUAGUCUUCAAAGAUCUUUGUGCUAAAUCAAAGAAAAUUCAGGAUCAGAUUGUUCCAUAUUUUAUUAGCGGUCGACAUCAAGGUGUAUCAAGCUCAGGAAGUCGUGAAGAUAUAUGCAGAAUUGUGCGUCAAUAUACAGAUGAUCCAAAAAAAGUGUCUAAGAUUAUUGACAAACAUUUGCGAGAUCAGAAUUUUGUGGUCUUCGAUUUUACUAAGGCAACUGACGAUCCUCUCGCACUUAGAUUAGGUUAG